UUUGAGAAUCCAUUGAUCACAGGAAAAUUGAAGGCACCCACUGCUGGGUGUCUCUAGUAUCCUGGGUUUAGAGUGUGUCUCUUGCCCGGCAAAGGGGCUGUUUCCUCAAAGUGCAAUUGCUGGCUGGUGAAGCUGUCGGGCAUAACUUGCCUAGGCACAGGCGCUGUAGAUCCACGGGUGUGUGCACAGGCAACCCGUGCUGUGUGGAGUAGCUCCACGCACUCUGCAGGGCGAUUGAGAAAGGAGCUUCUAUUCAGCAGAAUGGUGGAAUGGAACGCCCUGGGAACUGCAGGUCGGCAACCAAAACCCAAAGGAAGCCGGCACCAAGGCGUAAGGAUGACAGCGCGGACCUGAAAUGCCAGCUUCAGUUUGCCAAAGAGGAAGCCUCCCUGAUGCGCAAGAAGAUGGCCAAGCUAGGCCGGGAAAAGGACGCGUUGGAGCAGGAACUGCAGAAGUACAAGUCCCUCUACGGUGACGUGGACAGCCCCCUCCCCACAGGGGAGGCGGGUGGGCCCCCCAGCACCCGGGAGGCAGAGCUGAAGCUGCGGCUGAAGCUGGUGGAGGAGGAAGCCAACAUCUUGGGCCGGAAGAUCGUGGAACUGGAGGUGGAAAACCGUGGCCUCAAAGCAGAGAUGGAGGACAUGCGGGUUCAGCACGAGCGGGAGGGGACAGGCAGGGACCACAUGCCAAGCAUUCCUACCUCACCCUUCGGGGACUCGCCGGAGUCCUCCACGGAGCUCCGCCGGCACCUGCAGUUUGUGGAGGAAGAAGCCGAGCUGCUGAGGAGGUCCAUAUCCGAGAUCGAGGACCACAAUCGGCAGCUGACCCACGAGCUGAGCAAGCUCAAGUUUGAGCCUCACCAGGAGUCGUCAGGGUGGCUCGGGGACGGCGGCGUAGCUAAGGGUCCCGGGUCGAGCGUUCCCCUGCAGGAGGAGCUGAAGUCAGCGUGGCUGCAGAUCGAUGAGCUGAGCGGGAAAGUACUGAAGCUGCAGUUUGAGAACCGGCUGCUGCUGUCCAACGUCCAGCGGUGCGACCUUGCUGCACACCUGGGACUGCACGCACCGAGUCCUCGAGACAGCGACGCGGACAGUGAUGCCGGCAAGAAGGAGAGUGACGGGGAGGAGGGCCGCUUGCCGCAGCCAAAGCGAGAAGGCCCUGUCGGCGGCGAGAGUGACUCGGAGGACAUUUGCGAGAAGACCUCAGGGUUUGGGAGCGGGAAGCCUUCAGAGGCGAGUGAGCCGUGCCCAGCAGAACUCUUCAGAGUCCGGGAAGACACCGAGUGCCUGGUGACCAUAAAGCAGGAGGCCCAGCGGCUUGAGCGGACAGUGGAGCGCCUCAUCGCCGACACAGACGGUUUCAUCCACGAUUCAGGCCCGCGGGGCAGGGGAUUGGCCUCGCCUGGGGUCCAAGGUGAAGGUGAGGGCAGCCAGAACGAGCCCCACUUGUUGGAGACCAUCAACGCGAAGAUGAAGGCUUUCAGGAAGGAGCUGCAAGCCUUCCUGGAGCAGAUGACCCGGAUGGUGGACGGUCUGUCGCCCUUAUCCCACCUCACAGAGUCAUCCAGCUUCCUCUCCACCGUGACUUCUGUGUCCCGGGACUCCCCCAUCGGGACCCUGGGGAAGGAGCUGGGCCCAGACUUGCAGUCCAAAUUGAAAGACCAGCUGGAGUGGCAGCUCAGUCAGGAUCCAGGGGACGAGAGAGAGGGCCUGCGCCUCCGAGCCACUCGGGAACUGCACCGGCGUGCUGACGGGGAUCCCGGGAGCCUUGGGCUGGGAGGACAGAGCUGUCUCGGCCUAGAGAGUGUGUCGCUGGAAGAGCUACAGGGUCAGCUCGCCCAGGCGGCCAGACUGCAUCAAGAGGAGACAGAGACAUACACAAACAAGAUCCGUAAGAUGGAGGAGGACCACCUCUACGCCUUGCGGUGGAAAGAGCUGGAGAUGCACAGCCUGGCCCUGCAGAACACCCUUCACAAGCGGACCUGGAGCGACGAGAAGAAUCUGCUGCAGCAGGAGCUCCGGUCCUUGAAGCAGAACAUUUUCCUUUUCUAUGUCAAGCUCAGGUGGCUGCUGAAACACUGGCGCCAAGGGAAGCAGAUGGAGGAGGGAGGAGAGGAUUUCGCGGAGAGCGAACAUCCAGAGAACGUGCCUGGGUUUGCUGAGCUCGGUGUCCAGGGCGGUCACCAGACAGAUGGAGCAGACCAAGACGAUGCUGAGCGAGGCUGCGGCCUUCCCUUGGGAGAGCAUGCCUCACGCUCUCCAGUACAGAUCAGUGAACACGGAUCACGGCUGCAGACUGCAGAUGGGGGACCACUCAACAGGCAGGUUGCAGAAAAUCAGCAGCUGUUCAGGGCCCUCAAGGCCCUGCUGGAGGACUUCCGCUCGGAGCUGCGGGAAGAUGAGCAUGCGCGGCUCCGGCUGCAGCAGCAGUACGCCAGCGACAAGGCUGCCUGGGAUGUGGAGUGGGCUGUACUUAAGUGCCGCCUGGAGCAGCUGGAAGAGAAGGCUGAGAAAAGCUUGGGAGAGCUCGACUCCUCUGCGGAGGGCAAAGGGACCUUGAAGAAGGAGAGAGAGGUCCACCAGAAGCUGCUGGCCGACAGCCACGGCCUGGUCAUGGACCUGCGUUGGCAGAUCCAUCACCGGGAGAAGAACUGGAACCGAGAGAAGGUGGAGCUGCUGGAACGCCUGGACAGCGAGCGGCAGGAGUGGGGGCGACAGAAAGAGGAACUCCUGUGGCGGGUGGAGCAGUUGCAGAAAGAGAACAGCCCCCGGAGAAGCGGCAGUUUCCUCUGCAGUCAAAAGGAAGACGACGCCCGCCCUUUUCCACACCAAGGAGACCUCCGUGCUCCCCGGCCUGUGUCCAUGUGGCCCUGUGCAGACACUGAUUCCAUCCCAUUUGAAGACCGGCCGCUUUCCAAACUGAAGGAGUCGGACCGGUGCUCGGCCAGCGAGAACCUGUACUUGGACGCUUUGUCCAUGGACGAUGACCCAGAGGAUCCUCCACCCCUCAGGAACUGCCUUGCCAAGGAAGAAGAAAGUCGCAAGGGAAAUCUUCAAAGGGCUGUGUCUGUGUCCUGUAUGUCUGAAUUCCAACGUCUGAUGGACGUCUCCCCAUUCCUGCCUGAGAAGGGCCUACCAUCUGCCAGCAGCAAGGAGGAUGUCACCCCACCCCUGUCUCCCGAUGACCUGAAGUACAUCGAGGAGUUCAACAGCAAAAACUGGGACUAUGCUUCCCCAAGGGCUGGGACCGAUAGGCCUCCAGACCCCUGGGCAGACAGGACCGAGGUGGGGCGGGUAGGACAUGACUCCACCAUGGAGCCUUUCCCUGACUCCUCCUGGUACCUGACCACAAGUGUCACCAUGACGACAGACACCAUGACCAGCCCGGAGCACUGCCAGAAGCAGCCACUGCGGAGCCAUGUCCUCACUGAGCAGUCUGGGGUGCACGUAUUGCACAGCCCCCCCGCUGUCCGCCGGGUUGACAGUAUCGUGUCGGGUGGUGAGGGCAGGAGCCGAGUGGACCCCGAGGGCCCCUUUCCUAUGAGCAGAGCGAGAGGGAACCUGGCAGAUGCCAAGGGAGGUCAUCCGGAACCUGUGCUCUACAGGUGGCCUUGCACCCCACCCAGACACUCCCGAGACUAUGUGGAGGGGUCUCUCCGCCCCCUAGAGAAACCUGUCUGCCCUUCCCUGGGGUUCCCCUCCCCAUUGCACAGCCUAGAUAUGUCUAGGAACAUGAGUGACGACAUGAAGGAGGUGGCCUUCUCUGUUAGGAAUGCCAUCUGCUCUGGUCCCGCCGAACCACAAGUCAGGGACAUGGCCUGCCAGACCAACGGGUCCUGGACAGCAGGAACACAGACCGUCCAGACAAUCAGUGUGGGCUUGCAGACUGAGGCCCUGCGUGCCGGCGGGGUCACCAGCAGCCCCCACAAGUGUCUCACUCCAAAAGCCGGAGGUGGCACUACACCCGUGUCUUCUCCUUCCCGAAGCCUUAGGAACAGACAGGUGGCCCCUGCUAUCGAGAAGGUGCAGGCCAAGUUUGAACGUACCUGCUGCUCCCCAAAGUACGGUUCUCCCAAGCUUCAGAGGAAGCCCCUGUCCAAAGCUGAUCAGCCAAAUAGCAGGACCUCGCCAGGCAUGGCCCAGAAAGGGUUCAGCGAGUCAGCCUGGGCCCGCUCCACCACCACCAGGGAGAGCCCCGUGCACACCACCAUCAACGACGGCCUCUCCAGCCUCUUCAACAUCAUUGACCACAGUCCUGUUGGGAUGCGAGCUGGGAGCCGUUCCCGCUCGGCAGAACCUCGACAGGACCUGGGUCCAGGCCAGGAAACGGGCACCAGUUCCCGAGGAAGGUCCCCCAGCCCCCUAGGCAUGGGCUCAGAGGUGUGCAGGGAGGAUGGGGGAGAGAACACACCAGUGAGACAGGACUUAUCUGCCCCCCCUGGCUACACGCUCACUGAGAAUGUAGCCCGGAUCCUCAACAAAAAGUUGUUGGAGCAUGCCUUAAAGGAGGAGAAGAAGCUAGCCGCCCAUGGCCCCUCAGGACUCACCAGCGACAGCCACAGCGGAGAAGCAGGACCAGCUGAACCAGGAUCCAUGGAGGAACUACCUUGUUCUGCACUCGCGCCAUCCCUAGAGCCCUGCUUCUCCAGGCCAGAGAGACCAGCCAACCGCCGCCUUCCAUCCCGUUGGGCCCCACCCUCCCCCGCCGCCUCACCGACUCAGUCACCUGGAGACCGAGUGUCCUUGGAGGAACACAGUGAGGAGGAGCCACCGGAGGAGAAGCCACACCCGUGACGUGAUGCAAGCUUGCACGAAUUACCACCAGAAUAAUUCACUGUAAUUUGCACAACCAGACCAUCACCAUCCACCCAGCUCUGCCCCAGAGGGAAGAUGUAGCCUUUCUCAAGGUCAAUGGAUGUCUUUAAACACACACGGCUGCUGAAUGUUCAACCUGGUAAACUGAGAUGUUUCGGCCAUGAAACAGAAAAAAAAAAAAUGUGCCUGUAAUAAUUUUUUUCAUAGCUCAGAAAACUAUUUUUGCCUCCAUCUUUUUUUACACACAAUAUAUUAAACAAAAAGGUAAAUAAGGUAUAAGUAGAUUUAAGAGUUUUAAUAUGUACAUCUUAAGAGAUUCCGAGCAACCUUGUUCCCAAUCCUGCUGCCUCUGUUCAAUUUGCACUGUUUCGUUACGCUUGGGGUUCUCACCAUUGAGUUCAGAGCACUCUAAGUUAAACUUCAUUCUGUUCAGUGUUAAAAAAAGAGUCUUUUUUAAUGCUUGAGACUGCCCAACUCUGUGAACUCUUUGUAGUGAAAAGGCCACGAGGCCAGAAGACAAGAGCAUCUGUCAUCUGGAAGGACGCAGGUCAACAAUUGUGAAAAGGUACGGAGUCCAUGAGAUGGACUUAAGACUCACUGUGUGACCCAUGAACUCUGCCUGCUGCACAUCCUCGGGCGCCUGUACAUACACUGCUCCGUCCCGGCCCUCACCUGCGUGUGUGUGUGCGUCAGUCUGACCCACUGUGAGUUGUUGUAAAGUUCCUUGUACCGCACUGUUCCUGUUGGUCCCCUGUACCAGUGAGACGACGGCACCGUUUUUAAGUUAUUGUUAAAACGUUAACUGACGGUGUACAAAGCUCACUCGACAUUUUCUUGUUUAAGGAAAAGCACUACAAAAAAAGAAACAAAAACCCAUGAGGAUGCCAAAUUGAGACAAAUGAUGGUGCCUCAGAGUCUGUCUGAGACCAUGAUGAUACAGAAAUAAAGUCCUUACAA